CAAAUAAGUGUCAAAAUUAAUGUAAUCAUUUCGCAAGGUUCUAAAUACUUCCAUACUAAUAUCAAAUCAAUACCAAAUAUCGUAAUCCUAAAAAUAUGUCAUGUCAAAAGAAGGUAUCCGGAGAAAACAAAAAUAUACAAAGUAUUUUUGCAAGAAGCAUUUUUGACUCAAGAGGUAAUCCAACAGUAGAAGUAGACCUUAAAACAAAUCUAGGUUUAUUUAGAGCUGCAGUACCUUCGGGAGCUAGUACAGGUGUCCACGAGGCUCUUGAACUUAGAGAUGAAAUUAAAAACCUCUACCAUGGUAAAAGUGUUUUUCAAGCAAUUGAGAAUAUUAACGAUAUAAUAGCUCCUGCUCUUUUGGAAAAGGAUUUUGACGUUUUAGAGCAGGAGACAAUUGAUAAAUUUAUGAUAGCAUUGGAUGGAACAGAAAAUAAAUCAAAAUUGGGUGCGAAUGCUAUUUUAGGUGUUUCACUUGCUAUUUGCAAAGCUGGAGCCGCUAAAAAAGGAGUUCCGCUUUACAAGCAUAUUGCUCAUCUAGCAGGUAAUCGCUCCAUAAUCCUACCGGUUCCUGCCUUUAAUGUUAUUAAUGGUGGAUCUCAUGCUGGAAAUAAACUAGCCAUGCAAGAAUUUAUGAUACUUCCAACAGGUGCUUCCUCUUUUUCUGAAGCUAUGAGAAUGGGUAGCGAAGUAUACCACCACCUUAAGAAAGUUAUCAAAGACAAAUUUGGUCUCGACGCUACUGCAGUUGGGGAUGAAGGAGGCUUUGCUCCAAAUAUUCCUAGUGCAGAAGAUGCUUUAUCACUGAUAACAGCGGCCAUAGACAAAGCAGGUUAUACUGGAAAAAUAGAAAUAGGCAUGGAUGUAGCAGCUUCUGAAUUUUACAAAGAUGGUCUUUAUGAUCUUGAUUUUAAGAACCCCAACUCUGAUAAAAGCCAGUGGAUAAACCGUAACGAACUAUUAAAUAUAUAUCAAUCAUUUAUAGGAAAGUUUCCUAUAGUUUCCAUAGAAGAUCCCUUCGAUCAGGAUGAUUUUGAAGCUUGGAAAUCAAUGACUGGAAGUGUUCAAAUACAGGUUGUAGGAGACGACCUCACUGUCACUAAUCCAAAGAGAAUCCAAAUGGCCGUAGACGCAAAAGCCUGCAACUGUCUCUUACUAAAAGUAAAUCAAAUAGGAACAGUAACUGAAUCCAUCGAGGCACACAAACUAGCAAAAUCAAACGGUUGGGGCACUAUGGUAUCUCACAGAUCGGGAGAAACCGAAGAUACGUUCAUCGCUGAUCUUGUUGUGGGUUUAUCCACUGGACAAAUCAAAACUGGCGCUCCCUGUAGAUCAGAACGUUUAGCUAAAUAUAAUCAAUUGCUACGCAUUGAAGAAGAACUGUGUGUUUCUGCCACAUAUGCAGGAAAAAAUUUUAGGAACCCUUGUGUCUAGUGCAAAUCACUACUGUUUUUAAAUUCCAUUAUUUUAAUUAACUAUAUUUAUAUAACAAUUUUUGUAUUCAAAUAAAAAUUUUCUGGUAUACGAUGA